CUCUUCUCAGUUGCAGAGACUCGUAAGUUUUCGGUAGUUUCCGGGGAAACUCGGGAACUCCCGUGCCUGACUGGCUCGAGCAGAUCGCCUGGUGCGGAGGCGAAGGGUCUCGGGCUAGUCAUGGCGUCCCCAUCUCGGAGGCUGCAGACGAAACCAGUCAUUACUUGUUUCAAAAGCGUUCUCUUGAUCUACACUUUCAUCUUUUGGAUCACUGGUGUUAUCCUUCUUGCCGUUGGCAUUUGGGGCAAGGUGAGCCUGGAAAAUUAUUUUUCCCUCUUAAAUGAGAAGGCCACCAAUGUGCCUUUUGUGCUCAUUGGCACGGGCACUGUCAUUAUUCUCUUGGGCACCUUUGGUUGUUUUGCUACCUGUCGAGCCUCUGCAUGGAUGCUGAAACUGUAUGCAAUGUUUCUGACACUCAUUUUUCUGGUCGAACUAGUUGCCGCCAUCGUAGGAUUUGUUUUCAGACACGAGAUUAAGAACAGCUUUAAAAAUAACUAUGAAAACGCUUUGAAGGAUUACAACGCUACAAGGGACUACAGAAGUGAAGCUGUAGACAAGAUCCAAAGUACAUUGCAUUGUUGCGGUGUCACCAAUUAUAGAGAUUGGAAAGGUACUAAUUAUUACUCAGAAACAGGAUUUCCGAAGAGUUGCUGUAAACUGGAGGGUUGUUCUCCACAGAGAGAUGCAGAUAAAGUCAACGAAGAGGGUUGUUUCAUAAAGGUAAUGGCCAUUAUUGAGUCUGAAAUGGGAGUCGUUGCUGGAAUUUCUUUUGGAGUUGCUUGCUUCCAGCUAAUUGGAAUCUUUCUCGCCUACUGCCUCUCUCGUGCAAUAACAAAUAAUCAAUAUGAGAUAGUAUAACCAGUAUACAUACAUGGCCUUAUUAUUCUCCAACCUUAAGGUUACCCUUUGUGAGCUAUAACAUCGUUUGGCUGGACACUGAUUUCUUCUGAGUCUGAAAGGCUGCACCAAUAGUCUGAUUCAAUCAAGAUAUUUGCAUACUGUGUUCUAUGUCUACUUUAUG